AUGUUCUGGCUGUUUUUGUUGCUCAGAGGAAUAGUUGGCGUCGGAGAAGCUUCUUACGUUAUCACUUCUCCAUCGGUAAUCGCCGACAUGUCCAGUGGAGAGAAUAGAAGUCGAAUGCUGAUGCUAUUCUAUUUUGCGAUUCCUUGUGGAAGUGGCCUGGGCUUCAUUAUCGGUUCUUACCUGUCUGCGCUCACUGGCGACUGGAAGUGGGGCAUUCGUGUAACCGCAGUACUAGGAGAUGAUUGUAAUAGGUAUAUGGAGUAG